AUGGACUCAGCGACGCCGCUCUCACACGAGAUCCAGAUAUUAGAUGGUUUGAUUGAGCCACAUCUUCAGGAGGGAAAAAGCCAUUGGCCUACAUGGGCGAUGAUUCUCGUCGUUGUUUGCAUAAUAUUAUCCCUGCUUGCGUUUUUUCUCGGCAACUUCAUCACAAAAAAGACCACGUCUGUUAGAAACAAAAGCGCUACCCGUCAGGAUGGAAAAGAGCGGGAGAGAAAAUGGGGAGCAGGAUUUUCGGGAGGAUUGUGGGCCGCUGCCUAA